AUGUCCUCCGCUCCUCGAGCCAAAGGGGAAAGGCCACGAAAGCGUGGCUCGGCACUCUCCCCAUCUGAGGGCUGGGAGUCCGAAGAGCCCACAGACUCUCGCGCCAUCCUGCUCGCCCGCUACAGCGUGAACACGCUCGCUUGGCUCGUCGUCGUCGUCCUCGCCGCCUUUCUCGCUGUACACUGCGACCGGUACAUCGCCUUGCGCCGCCACGAAACCUCUCUGCCUGAAUAUAUAAUCUCAUCCAACGCGGACCUGAAACAUGCGCUGGGGAGAGUGUCGGAUACCUAUCACGUCAACGAGUUGAUCGAGGAGCUCAGUGGCUUCGAUGCCGCGACACCGGCGCCUAUCCACCUGAGCGAAGUUGACCUUCAGCCAACGGAUCCUAUCUGUCUGCGAGAAGGCUUUGGGGACGCCGACGCCGGAGACUGGGUCGCCGUCAACCCUAAUUUCGAGGGCGAGACGUCCGGCUCGCGGCGACGCUCAAGAGGCCAUCUUGCCUUUGCGCGCGAUGCACACGCCUACGUCGUGGACACGGGCUAUGACUCGGGUAUCCGAGCACAGCUACAUGUGAUCCCAGGCGCCAGCGAUAUGCUGCACUCUACGGUCGACGUCACGGCGCUUUACGACGACAGCGAGGAUCCCGACACGCGCGUACUCGACGCGUUUGAUGUGUGCACCUAUCGCGCGGACAGCAAACCCGAGGAUGGGACAUGGCCCCAGUACGACAACGGACCACUUCUCGCUGACGUCUUCAGAAUUCAGCGCCGUCCCUUGUUCCCCGGUGCCACCGACGCAGACAAGAAUCUCAAUGGCGGUCGCAGCUUGAGCAAUAUCAUAGCUGACGUGCACUUCAAUGUUACGCUCACAAUACCAUCCGGCAAAAACCGGUCCCUGCACGGGCUCAAAGUAGGACGGUACGACGUCAAGCUGCACAAGGAUGUCACAAUCCGCGAGUUGGACAUAUAUACACCCGGACGGGUGCACGCUCAGAAGGGCUUUGGGACUACAGGCUCGAGCAUACGGACAUACGGCCCACGAGGGAACGUAACGGGCCAUUUCGACGUCGCUUAUGGAGACCUUGAUGUGCGCACGGAUGGUGCAGGAGUGAAUGCGCGAUUCGAUGUAGCGAGGGGACAGCGGGAGGAUGGCAUGACGCGCUAUAUCAACUUUGAGGUCAACGAUGGUUCGCUCAAUGUGAAGCUCUGGCUCGACGACGAAGCGCUCGAUCCGUGCGCGCAUGUCCCAAAGAACGUCGAUCCACACUGCGUGCGCUACCGCCCUUUCGCAUUCGACAUCCACGCAACGUCUUCAAAUCACCCACAAGAAAUCAUGCUUCUCGACCACUCAUUGUACCCGUCGGGAGUCAAUAUCUACACCCGGUCCACAAAUGCACCAUCCAGACUCAAGCUGGAUCCGUCGUUUGAGGGCACCUAUCACUACCAUUCGGCCAAGAAUCAUUACGGAGGAGAGAUCAUGUACCGAAUACCUGAGGUCGAUCCGAGCGGGAAGGGGAGGAAGAGAGUACGAUUGGAAGGAUUGACUACUCAGUAUGGGUAUACCGGCGCCGUGGGUUGGGGCAGUGAGGAAGCUGCGAAGAAAGGCGCAAGUUUUGCGGAGGUGUAUGUUGACGCGGACCAGACAAAUAAGGCGCCAGAAGUAGACAGAAGGCCUAUAGAUGCCCGGAAGGCUGGUUGA